AUGACAGCACAUGCAAUAACAUCUGGCCAAGACUAUGCGGCGGCGUCGGCGUGGCAUCACAUAUUGCUUUACUUGUGGUCCGUGGCAGUUGGAGCUUCUGUGGCCGCCUGCGGGGUGUUCUCUUUGCGGCUGAAUGGACAUGUGCAACCAGGCAGAUCUGAGUAUCAUGCCAUAUACAUAGCUACAAUCGCAAUUGCCAUUGGCGGAUUAUUGCUUCUUCCUUCCGCACUGAUGAACAAGGAGCCGUGGGGUAGGCCCAGAUCCCGGUAUUCACUCCUUGGCGGCGUCAUGAUUGUCGCCGAGUUCGUGACUGUGCCGGCUUUCCGACAUUUGGGUGUGCAGAUCGUCCUUCUAGCAAUGUUAUCGGGCAUGCUUGCCGGCGGCAUGGUUUUUGAUUGUGCAAGUCGCAAGUUUCGCUGGUCAGAGCCUCGCCGGAUAGUCGGCUUCUCAAUCGUGCUCAUUGCCGUGGUUUUAAACUAUGGUGGAGAUAUUCUGUUCCCAAAAGCUGGCGCAGAAGUCAAGGAGUUCACCGUCGAAUCCUUCAUGUGGGUAAUAAUUUCCUUUUUUUGUGGGAUUGGCUAUGCACUCAUGGCGAAGUGCAACUCGCAGUUGGCACUGGAGCUGGGUUCUGCAAGCCGUGCCACUGUAGUUUGCGCAGUUGUGGUGGUAAUCUGCCGAAUCCCGCUGAUGUGGUGGAUUUACUUUGGGAAGGGCAUCCACCCUGAGCUCUUUGUCUCGGACUGGCCGUGGUGGCUCUUGGCUUCGGCCCAGAGUGCGCUGUACAAUGGAUCUUUGGCAGUACUGCCAGGCCUCCUUGGCUACACGGUCAACUACUUCGUCAUGCUAGUGGGCAAGCUCGCGUUUAGUGCGGUGAUCGAUGCGGCUGGCUGGACGGGGCAUGUGGUGAAAAUGGACCUUUCCCGCCUCCUCAGCAUGCUACUGGUGAUGGUAGGUGUCCUGAUAUUUACCGUGAAGUCCUGGACGGAGGUUGCACGUGGCAUGGCUGGCUAUGAGUCCGAACCGGAAACCAAGUCCGAGGAAGACUUCGAUCUUGUACAGGUGGUUGACGCUGUCUGCUCUGACCAUGAGGAAGACACCGACAUGACAAAGUGA